AUGGCAAACUACGGAUUAGAUCCCUUUUCCAAGCUACCAUCAGAGAUUUGUGUCAACGUUCUCAUUUCUAUCAACAACACGGCAAUGAUUUCACAGUUGAUCCAAGCCUCCCCGGUCAUGCUUGCACAAUAUUGUGCAAGCAAAAUGUACAUCAUAAAGAAGAUUAUCGACUAUGAUGAAGACAUGAUGCAAGACGCCAUGGCGAUCGUCCUGUUCCCGCGCGUUUCUUCUCCUAGCCAGGGACUUAUAUACGAGCGUCCUGCAACCGCUGUACGCGUACAUCUUCGCAAAUGGUCAAAGUCUCAACUCCCGGACCCUCUCAAGAAAUACGACAACCGUCUCGCUGGUAAACUGAUUAGUUUACAUAGUCGGAUCAUGAUAUAUCUCGAGGACUAUAUCACUAAGGCCACCGCGUACUUCCCUCCUCGAGAAUACCUUUGUCUACCAGACAUCAAAGAGCCGUGGGCUGAGGCAUACUCUACGUUUAGAGGUGCCAAGGUGACACGGCGAUUCGAUUCUGCAAAUCUCACGACGUUGGAGAGGAGAAGGUUGUUGAAGGCGUUUCUGAUGUACUACUUGACGUCCGAGGCCAACUUCCUUGCCCAAGUUCCCACUGGCAUACCACCACGCAAAGUCAGCAAAGCGCAAGAACAAACUCUCACGUGUGUCAUCGAAUACUUCAGAAGUCUAUACGGCGCAAUCUUUGCCCAUUUCACUGAUACUUGGCUCCCAACUAUAUCAUCAGUCACUUCAUCAUCUGAACCUGGGCUACUAUAUCCGGAUGACUUUUAUUUCGACGGUGAAGUCUAUGCGAAAGGAAUCAAGUUCGCCUAUCACGAUAGCCCUUACGGAUACCACAAAUUCUGUCUUGGUUUUGCACUUCUUGGGCCUGAUCGUCUCACCGAGUUUCUUCGCCACGACAUGUCCAAUGCAAACGAGAUAAGAGCCCUUAGGGACGAAUUGAAAUCUCUCUGGAACAGCGAUUGCCGGCAACCCUGGAACGGUCGGGAGCUAACAGUUGGACUCUUUUUCAAUGCUAGUGACGAUUACGAUUACAAAGAUGGUUGCGAAUCAUUGAUGUACGAAAUGUUGUCGCCGACUAUGGAGCCGCAUACACUCGGUGGUAAAAUCGCUUGUCAGCGGGCGUGGGUAUUUUUCGAUGACAGCCGUUUAUACCCUCAAGAGACGACUGAACGACCGAAUUUUCCACCCAAGGAUUUCCUCGAGUCAAGACGUAAUCGAACGAGAUGGCAGCGGUACGGCCAUGAAAAGCAGAGGAAGAUGCGACGAUUACAACGUUGGCAUGACGGGCUGAUCGACGAGGAUUGGGAUGCACGUUAUUUGAUAUGA